UCCCUACCAAAAAUUCAAACACCAGUGAAUGUUCUCAAAAUACCUAUUUUCUAUUUUCUCUCGUUUAGAGAAGAUAUUGAAAUCUUUGAAGUGGUUUUGGGAGAUGUAAAUUAAUAUAUGAUUUUAAAAUCGUAUAAACACAUAUUAUCUAAAUUGACAGGAUAUUCCCGCGUUCGUUAUUAUUCUUUUUAAUUUAGGUUAGAAUAGAGGACUAGUGUAUUCAGAUUUUUUCUGUUUACAAUUAGUUUUAUAUUUAUUUGUUGUGUAUUGUUCUCUCAAUAUAUUAGAACAAUGGGAAAUCAAGCCAGUGACAAAUUACCAGAUACCCUGACACCUCUCAGUAUUUCUCAGGAACAAAAUUUUAUACAAUUACCAUGGGGGCGACUUUACUCCUGUCUGGAAGGAUUCCAAUCAGUAGAUCUCACUCAAGAUACAAUAACAUUGGGACGUGCUGAACAGUGUACAAUAGUAAUCAACAAAAAUAAUUUCCCGGAAAGUACUAUAAUGAAUUUCAGUAAAAUUCAUUUCAUCAUAAUUCGAGAUGUUUAUACUGAUUUAAUAUACCUUAAAGAUGAAAGCAAAAAUGGAACAUUUAUUAAUGGAUCACUUGUUGGCAAAGGGAACAGAUACAUUUUGCAGCAUGAUGAUAUUUUGUCUGUUGGAUUCAAAGGUUUACAAAAACUGUUUGUAUUCAAACUUUUGGAAAUUGAUGAAUCGAACAAAUAUCUUCCAACUGAAUUAAGGAAAAAAUACAAACUAUCAAGAUUUCUUGGAAAGGGUGCAUGCGGUGAAGUUCAUCUUGUUUUUGAGAAAACUACCACAAAAGCAUAUGCCAUAAAGAAAAUCAAGAAAGGUGUAUAUUCAAGUGGAAAUAUAUACCACUUGGAUCAUCCCAUGAAGAUUAUGAAUGAAGUGAAAAUUCUCCAAUCUCUUACACAUCCUUGCGUCAUUAAAAUGAAAGAAAUAGUGGAGACUGACUCUGAUGUCUUCAUAAUUUUGGAAUAUAUGGAUGGAGGUGACUUAACUAGUAGAAUCUUAUCAAUAAGGCCGCUGACAGAGCAAAAUUGCAAAUGUUUGUUUUACCAAAUCACUCUUGCAGUCCAAUAUCUACAUAGCGAAGGAAUCACACAUAGGGAUCUGAAGCCUGACAAUAUACUUUUAGCGAACGAUGACAUUGAAACUGUAGUUAAAUUAACAGACUUUGGUUUGAGCAAAUUUCUGCAUGAAUACACUGUGAUGAAAACUAUAUGUGGUACUCCACAAUAUGUAGCUCCAGAAAUAAUUGAUGGUUCUUACAAAGAAUAUUCUUUUCAAGUAGAUGUUUGGAGUUUAGGAGUUAUUUUAUUUUAUAUGUUAUCCAAACAGUUGCCUUUUAGGUCCUCUGAACGGGCAGUAUUAAAUAAAUUGAUACUAACAGGACAAUACAGCUUUCACCCUCAUUUAUGGUCAGAUAUUUCUUAUGAUGUCAAGGAUUUGAUUAGUAGAAUGUUGGUUGUAGAUCCUAAAAAAAGAUUGACUAUUGAUCAAGUUCUACAACAUCGGUGGAUAGCGUCUGAUUUAGACAUGCAACAACGUGUAGCACAAAUAGUGCAGCAUGGGGGUUCGAAUAGUGAGUAUUAUAACAAUGAUAGUGAUAGUCAACAACCUGCACCAAAGAAAUUCAAAUUACUUGAAACUACAAUUUAGGAAAAGAAAAGAAUAUUUGCAUUGAUUAUUUUACCAUUAUAUAAAACGAAAUGCUUUUGACCUGUAUUAUUUCUUGAAUCUGAAAUUGUCAAAUUCAAUUUCGAACAAAAGAAACAAGAACCAAUCAAAAUGAAAUAUUCUGGAAAAAAUUUACUUUCAUUUGCUCACAAUUAUUGAUAAGAGGAGCUAUCUUAAUCAAAAUAGUUUAUCUUAAAGUUCAAAGUUUUAACAAUCUGUUGGAAUGUAUACUAUUCAUACAGAUUUCUUCACUAUUUUUGUAAAAGUUAAAGAAGCAUUAUUGCUUGAAGAAUGCCAUAUAUUUGUGAUAUAUUGAUUUGUUGAAAAUUAAACUUUUCUACUUUUAUAUUAUGUAUUAUAUAAUAUUAUUAUUGGAUGACAGUAUAAUGUCAUAUUAUUGUUAAAUUUGAUACUAUGUAUUAUUAUUCCUUUUUUGUUUCUAUAUGUAUUCAUUACUUAGAAUACCUUUAGGGCCUAGGCCAAUUCUUUUUACCUCUGAUUCUAAUUCCCAUUGUCGACUCAGUAAAUACUGUGACAGCUGGUUAUUGAAAAUUUACGAGACUAACAUUUAGAAUCAGAAGAGAAAAGAAUGUUUUAAAUAGAUUUUUGUUAUUCACAGUAAACUGUUUUGUAUCUUAUUAAAUAUUUUUGAUAACAUUAGUGUGAAAAAGUUUGCAAUAAAUUAAUAAAUGAUUGAUAAUACAAUUAUCUCUAUAAUGGUGA